GCUUUGCAGUAACUUUCCCAACGCCGCUUUCGGCCUCUGUAGGCCGGAAGAGGAGGCCCCGCAGCUGCCUUCGGUUUGCUUUUCUCAGUAGCUUUAGCUUCCCGCGGAGGAGAUGUUGCUGGUGGCCGGGUUGAGGCUCCACGCUCCCGGCCUAAAACUGUGGCAGCAAAGCGCCGGAAGAUGUAGAGCGCUCCAGGCGGCGAAGAGGUUGGGGGGAAUCCCCGAGAAGCGCCAGCCCUUCACGGCUUCCCAUUGCAAACUACUAACGCCGCUUGGUUCGCCCCGAGCGUUUGCAUCCCGGUUUUGGCUGGGAGAAAACAAGCAGAUUCCAUUUCUCCGUGCAGUGUCUUUGUGUCGCUUUGGUACAUCAUCCCUGGAGGAACAUUCAGAAUAUGGAAGAUUAAUUUAUUCUGGAACUUUAUCAAAAACUGUGUUAGGAGUGAAAAUGUUCUGUUUUACCACCAGCAUACUUACCGCUUCCAUGUUGUUCGCUAUUAUACACAAGUAUGGCUUAAAUUUUGACAAACUCUACUCGGAAAUUGCUUUUUAUAGUGCCACAUUAUUCUUCAUUUUCCUAACACCAACGAUCUUACAUUUAUUUACUAGAAGGUAUAUUAUCCGCCUGUACUAUAAAGAUAAAACAGACACAUAUACAGCAAUUACAUACAGUGGCAUUUUGAGAGAAAAGAAAACUUUGUUCCAUCAGAAAGAUGUGACUGUUCCAGACAUGAGCAAGAUGUUCACAACAUUUUACGUUAAAAGAAGAGCAAUGCUUGUUAAUCCAUUCCUUUUUAAUUAUGCUCAAGACUACAGCCAUCUUAUGGGUUAUGAUAAACCCUUUCAGUUUAGUUUGAAGGACUCAGAAAAAUAGAAUUCUAAACUGUCAAAGUCUUUAUAUAUUACCUGAUUUCUGCUUGAUGUUCAGAAGUCUUUCACAGAUUCUAUAUGACCUAAUAUUGCUUUUUUCAUCAUUAUUUAGUUUUGUUAUUUUAAAUAUUGAUAAAGGUAAUUAAAAGUGCUUUUACUGGGAUGGGCAUUUAGUCUGCUGAGCAAAAAGAUGGUCUUUUAAGAUGUUGCAUCUUUGACCCCUCUUUCAGAGUUUCCAUUCUGAACAAAGAGAGAUCAAAGAGGUCAUCUAUGUAAAAAUUAAACAGCCCACUCUCAACAGAGGAGGAGGGAUACAACACCUCUGCCUCCUGUUUACAACACAGUACUUUCAGCAAUUCCAAGAAGAUUCCACACCCAUUUCCAUUCUGAUUCACAGGACCCUGAUAGUCCCUCCCCCCACAACUCCCAGAGAAAGUACUAAUAACCAGAUGACUACAAGGAAUAUAAAUCCUUUCAUUACCCCUCACCCACCCCCAUUCAGUCAGAACUGAAGAAGCAUCUUGGAUGAGAAGUAAAAUAUUGGGGGAGGGAACCUGUUACUUUUGUGACUAUAGCAUCUAUUUCACAGAUGGCUCGAUACAAUAUUCAAAGAAUCCUCACUCACUUCUGAGAACUAGCUCAGUUUUAAGAAGUACAUGUUUUUUUUAAAUUUAUUUUUAAGUGUCUGCCUAUUGAGAUCAUCUUCAGUUUUCCCAAAACUAUAUCGUUGAGGAAGUUUCAAUUCACAAUUAUGGAUAACUAAAGAAUGGAUGAACUUCACUACAAUAAAGGCAGUGUUUUUACCACUAGAGGGACCUGAACCACAAUAUAUGACAUCUUUAAAUGCGGGGCCCCUCUAAUGGAGUGCUCAAAAAGCAUGCAUUGUUAAAUAAAUGGAGCCAUAAUUGACUUACUAAUAAAUGAUUUAGAAGGACAUACACAAUUUUUUUUCGUUUAAAAUAAUGUUCUUAAGGUGUUUUUGGAUUGUUGCCACAUUACUCAUUUCAGUAAUAUUUUUUACGACUUUGUAUAAAAUAUCACAAGAGUUCACUAUCUCUGGCAUGUGACAACAGUGGCAAGAUUUGUUUCUUUGUAAGACUGAUUAAUAAACAUAAUUAAAAAUUA